CUCACCAUGGACAGCUUCGACUUAGCUCUCCUUCAGGAGUGGGACCUGGACUCUCUGUGUGUGUAUGAGCCAGACAGAAACGUGCUGCGGAGGAAAGAAUGGGAGAGGAGAAAUCAGGAGGCCCAGCAGGACAAUGGCGCGUUUAACACGAGCUAUUCCCUCUUCAGUGAACCAUACAAGACUAACAAGGGGGAUGAGCUUUCCAAUCGCAUCCAGAACACGUUGGGCAACUAUGAUGAAAUGAAAGACUUGUUGACGGACCGGUCCAACCAGAGCCAUCUCGUUGGGGUCCCGAAACCUGGGGUUCCUCAGACAUCCCUCCCCAAGGCUGAUGAGCAUCUCAUCGCAGACUCGAGACCACCACCUCCUCCUCCUAUUUCCAGCACCACUUCUGCCACACCAGCACCCCUAGCUGCGCAGCAGAGCAAAAGUACCACCAUGGGCUGGCAGAAGGCUGGGCACAGUGCCACUUCAGAUGGCCAGCAGAGAGCGGGCAAGCACGGACACCGGUCGCUGGAGUCACACAAGGGUGACUUCAAACUGGCCAGCCAAAAAUCCAGUUUGGAGAAACUAAAACGCUAUGCAUCGAGUCCCACCUCCUCCUCCUCCUCUUCCUCCUCCUCCUCUUCUUCCUCCUCCUCCUCCUCCUCCAAUAGUGCCCAGCAAAGCUCGCUGCGAGCCACAUUAGGAGACAACAUCAGUAGAGUCCAGCAGCCAGCGAAGCUCAGUUGUAGCUCAGAAGGAGGAACUCAAGUCCAAGAGAGGCCAGCAAAGCAUGGUGGGGGACACUGUGUCCAAAACUUCCCACCCUCUCUUGCUUCAAAGCCCAGUCUGGGUCAGCAGAAGCCAACAGCUUAUGUAAGGCCGAUGGACGGUCUAGACCAGGCUCCUGAUGAGUCUCCAAAGCUGAAGUUACCAGCAGAGACGACCAAGUCCUAUCGGGGAGUGCCUUCCAGCAAGCCUGAUUCGGCCAGGACCAAGUCAAAGAUCACCAAGUUCAGCAUUCCUAAGCAAGAAGAAGACAGUGGAACAGGAGAUAACAGCUGCAUUGAAGAAAUAUUGCGGGAGAUGACCCAUUCAUGGCCUCCACCACUGUCAGCUAUUCACACACCAGGAAAGGCAGAACAAAGCAAGUUUCCCUUCCCAAACAAGGAGUCACAGCAGGGAUCUACAGGACACAGCAAUACAAGGAAAAGUGAUGUAGAGCCAAAGAGCCCAGAGAAAAGCGCCACCCAUUCAUCAAUGCUAGAAGAUGACCUCAAGUUAAGCAGUGAUGAAGAGGAGAAUGACCAGCAGGCAGCACAGAGAUCUGCUCUCCGCGUUCUAUCUGACAGCCUGGUGGUGCCGCAGCCCAAUGCCCGAGCCUCGGGACUCUCCAGCAAGGGGUCGAGCAGCAGCAGCUCCAGUGAAUCCGAGACCAGCUCAGAGUCUGACUCAGAGAGCGAAAGCAGCUCCAGUGAGAGCGACGGCAGCAAGCCCUCGCAUUACUCCAGCCCAGAGCCUGAGCCGCCCUCGUCCAACAAGUGGCAGCUGGACAAGUGGCUGAACAAAGUCACCCCUCACAAAGCACCCAUCCUAAGCCACCACGAUGGCCCGGCGCUGGAAGCCCAUCCCUACUACGGCCGCGCGAAGGUAGAGCGGCAGGAAGGACAGAAGGCCCCGGCUGAGGCCCCGGCCGAGCACCGCAGGCACCGCCGGGAGCCCCGCUCGGCCGCAGCUGGUGAGAAGCGCCGGGCCCGAGGGCCGAGCAAAACGGCGCCCAAAUCCAAGGAGUUCAUCGAGACCGAGUCUUCAUCCUCAUCGUCCUCCUCCGACUCAGGCUCUGAGUCGGAGCGGGAGGAGCGCCCGCUGCCCAAGGCGCCAGCGGCAGCCAGUGCCUUUGGCUCUAUUAAUGCCAGGACUAGUAGUGAAAUAGCAAAGGAGCUGGAGGAACAGUUUUACACCCUGGUUCCUUUCGGUAGGAAUGAGCUCCUGUCUCCUCUGAAAGACAGUGAUGAGGUAAAGUCGCUGUGGGUCAACAUUGACUUGGCUCUUUUGUCCAGGAUUCCAGAGCGUUUGCCCGAAGAACCGCUGGCCAUGAGCGCCGGAGCAAACCAGGCGGCCAGCUUCCCGCAGGGUAGUAGUGCUGAACCCCCCGCAGAGAAGGGUUUACCGAAAUCUAGAAGGAAACGCAAGUGCGAGAAUGAGGAAGAGUGCAGAGACAUCAAGAAGACUCACUUAGAGCGAGAGAGUUCUUCACGAUUAGCUGCCUCUGCCCCAAGUAUCACAACAGCAAAUCACUGCAAUAUGAAUGAAAAUAGCUUGGCAAUACCAAUAAAUAAAAAUGAGAAAAUGCUUCGGUCACCCGUCUCUCCUCUCUCUGAUGCAUCAAAACACAAAUAUUCCAACGAUGAUUUAACUUCCUCCAGCAGACCUAAUGGCAGCAGUCUAUUACCUUCAAUCUCCUCCAGCAAAAAACAUAAGGGUGAAAUCCAGUCACAGCCACAUCCUGGAGACUUCAAUAAAGCAAUUCACAUCAAUUCAGAAAAUGUUCUUCUCUGCAAUAAGCCACAGUUCCAAACAGAGCCUUGGUCACCUCUGUCCACCACACCCAGGGACUGCAGAAGAACAAAGCUUGUCUUCGAUGAUAUACCACGCAAUGCAGAUUACUUUAUGCAGGAAGCUAAACGGAAGAAGCAUAAAGCAGAUGCAAUGGUGGAGAAGUUUGGAAAGGCACUGAAUUAUGCAGAAGCAGCACUAUCAUUUAUUGAGUGUGGAAAUGCAAUGGAACAAGGCCCAAUGGAAUCUAAAUCCCCUUAUACCAUGUAUUCAGAAACAGUUGAACUCAUCAGGUAUGCAAUGAGACUAAAAACCCACUCAGGCCCCAAUGCCACGCCAGAAGACAAACAGCUGGCAGCAUUAUGUUACCGCUGCCUGGCCCUUCUGUACUGGAGGAUGUUCCGACUCAAGAGAGACCACGCAGUCAAGUAUUCAAAAGCACUUAUUGAGUAUUUCAAGAAUUCCUCAAAAGCUGCCCAAAACCCAUCUCCUUGGGGUGCCAGUGGAAAGAGCACAGGAACUCCAUCACCUAUGUCCCCUAGCCCUUCUCCAGUCAGUUCUGUAGGAUCCCAGGGGAGCACGGGGGCUCCUUCCCCAUCUCCUAUCAUCACCAUCCCGCAGCGCAUUCAUCAGAUGGCUGCCAACCACGUCAGCAUCACCAACAGCAUCCUGCACAGCUAUGACUACUGGGAGAUGGCUGACAACCUGGCCAAGGAAAACAGAGAUUUUUUUAACGACUUGGACGCAUUGAUGGGACCUAUCACCUUGCACAGCAGUAUGGAGCAUUUGGUUCAAUACACUCAACAAGGACUUCACUGGGUGCGGAAUAGCGCUCACUUGUCAUAAUGACUGUGUGCCAUUCACAUGGACAGUAUCCCUUUCAUGGAUAAUUCAGUUAUUCUGGACACUGUGCUACAGAAAUAGUCAGCUACAGCAUUGAUCCAAACAAAGGUGAAUAUUUCUUCAAUAUUGAGCAAAAUUCUUCUGAGUGCAGACAUGCAUUUGUGCAGAGGUACAAUAUACAGUGAUUUCUCUUCAGAAUGAAUUGUUCUGUAUUACUCUCUAAACAUUUUCAUACACUAGAAAUACUAUAAAGAACUGAUCUUAAUGCACAAACAUACCCUUUCUAUUCUUGUACUGAAAAACUCAGAAACCAAAAUCUUAUGGGUUGAUUGAACCACGUGCAAUAAGCACAGAUCCCUAUUCAGGAAAGCUCUUAACUUUAAGCUUAUACUGAAAUCCUGAUGACUUCAGCAGAGCUGAAGCACAUACACAAGGGCUUUCCUGAACUGGAAUGAAUGAGAGCAAAUCAUAGACGUGGAGAAUUUUUACUGCAAGCAUGGACACGUCACAGAAGUUUCCAUAUUGAUGUGCCAUCUCCCUGUUUCUUCUCCACUGGAGCACAGAGAGGAGUUGUGUAGUCCACAUUAAGCUGGAGAAAGACAGCAUUCCUUCAUGUGCAAUAAGUUUCAACAAAUUGCAUGCAUUUCUUUAUCUCCUGUCUUUUUAAAUAACUUUAUGUCUCGUUCAGCUCCUCACCAACAGUGCAACCUGCAGUAUCAAGCAAAAGGAAGGCCUGAAAACAGAUAUGCUGAUAGCAAGAAUUUAAAAGAGAUGGUGGAAAAUUGCAUUCUGUUACUGACAGUAAAUAGAUAGGGAAAAAAUAUGGCAAACAGUAAUCCACUUAGGAAGGAAAAUGUGUUCAUUUUGGCUGCACACACAGAGAGGCAGAUAUUUAUAACAGUUGUUGGCUUUGCAUGGGAAGGCUUCCUUCCACAGAUUUUGACUUUCAAAUCUUUUACAUCUAGCAGAAGCUUGCAACAUUUUCUUCCAGGCUGUAUGGGAGCAUUACAUGCAAUUUCCUUUAUCUGGGAAGCUGAGUUUGCUGCUCAUCAGGCUAAGAACUGUUUCCCAUCAUAAUCCUCUCACUCUUCAUGCAUAAUCCUCAACUAGGCUUUAAUGCUUCUUGAUUUAUGGGAUGUUUUCAGAUCCUGUUGACAGGCUGUGUUUUUCAUGCCAGAAGAAUUAAUCCCACAAUAAUUGGAGUUUAAUUUGGGUCAGAUGAGGUCAAGGCCAGUUCAUAUCAACUGUGCUUGCACUCAGUGCAUUUUUGUUCACUUUCAGUGGUUUCUACAUAUUUAGGGGGGUUUUUUCUAUAUUAGAAAUAUUUUUUUUGCAAUCAGAUUUGCUGCCUUUACUCAAAUCAACAGCUCCAGUGACUUUCAAUGGACUG